CCGAAGGAUGACCUCUGACCUGUGGCGGCGCCCUCCGCGGGGCAGCCGUUAGCAGCGCCGCCGCCGCCGCCUCCUUCCUUCCCCGCCAUGGAGGACGGGAACGGCUCGUCCUCCGCCCGCCAGGUCAGCCUCUUAACAAGUUCCGACUUAAGAACACGAGUCCUCCAAUUUGUAGAAGACAGGAUUCAGACGACUAUGUUAACUGGGAUAGCCAUUGGUGCAGCUGUAGCCCUAUCGCUGAUUGGAAUCAUUGUGUAUUUUGUUUACAAGAAGGUGAAGCAGUCGAAGCAAUCUCAGGCACAAAUGCCCCAGUACAGAUUUCGCAAGAGAGACAAAGUGAUGUUCUAUGGGCGCAAGAUCAUGCGGAAGGUGACGACCCUGCCAAACACUCUGGUCGGCAACACGGUGCCCCGGCAGCGGAUGCGGAAAAGGGCCAAAGUUCUGUCCCUGGCAAAGAGGAUCCUGCGCUUCAAGAAGGAAUCCCCCACCUUGCAGCCAAAGGACCCGCCCCCCUCUCUGCUGGAGCCCGAUUUAACGGAGUUUGAUGUCAAGAGCUCCCACCUGCCUUCGGAAGUCCUUUACAUGCUCAAGAACGUCAGGGUCCUGGGUCACUUUGAGAAGCCCCUCUUCCUGGAGCUGUGCAAGCACAUGGUCUUCGUGCAGCUGCACGAAGGGGAAUAUAUCUUCCGGCCGGGACAGCUGGACAACAGCAUCUACGUCGUGCAGGACGGGAAAUUGGAAGUCUGCAUUCAAGAAAGCGAUGGCACAGAGAUGGUGGUAAAGGAAGUCUUGGCCGGAGACAGCGUGCACAGCCUUCUCAGCAUUCUGGACGUCAUCACGGGCCAUCCUGCCCCCUACAAAACCGUUUCGGCUCGAGCAGCGACACAGUCGACCAUUCUGCGUCUCCCAGCCAAUGCGUUCCAGGACGUCUUCCAGAAAUAUCCCGAGACGCUUGUGAGAGUUGUGCAGAUCAUCAUGGUGAGGCUGCAGAGGGUGACCUUCCUAGCUUUACACAACUACCUGGGACUGACCACUGAACUCUUCAGUUCUGAGAGCCAGGCCAUUCCUCUGGUCUCGGUCGCAAGCGUCACCUCUGGGGGAAACACCAGCCGUGUGGUCAAAAGGCAGCUGUCCAACCUGUCCGAGGAAGAACGGGCCGAGAAGCUGGAGAGACACGCGUCCUUGGAGACAGAUCCAGGAAAACCUCCCGGGUCAGAGCAUCCGCUCCGAAGAAGCUUAUCUUUGACCUCCCCCUCUGGAUAUACUGAUGCUACUGGUAACUCAGCUGGGGCUAAACCAGACUUGGACAUGGCCUGUGACAGAGCCCGGAUUGACUUUGAUUCAUCUUCCUCUGAAAUGUUUUCUGGUACAACUGCAUACAAGCCCAUUUUGAAGAAAACCGUGACAGUGACUGAAAUGCCCUCAGCCGUCUUCCAUUACACACAGAACAACAUUCCUGCCCAGGAAUCCAGCGCCACCAAGCAGGUCAACACCAUCUUAGAGGCAGCCAAGAAAGAUCUUCUAACCUUGAUGAAGCUGGAUGAUCUCUCUCUCUUGAACGGGAAAGUGAUGCUACAUCAGGUCACUGCGGGGACCGUGGUGUCACGGCAAGGCGACCAGGAUGUCAGCAUCCGGUUUGUGAUCUCGGGGGUGCUGCACGUCUAUCAGCGGAAGAUCGACUCGGAGGAAGAGACCUGCUUGUUCAUCACCCACCCUGGAGAGCUGGUGGGGCAGCUAGCUGUCCUCACGGGGGAGCCCCUGAUUUUCACCAUUAAGGCCAAUCGCGACUGCACCUUCCUGGCUAUCUCCAAGUCCCACUUUUAUGAGAUCAUGCGGGAGCAGCCCACAGUUGUCCUGGGUGUGGCUCACAUGGUGGUGAAGCGCAUGUCAUCCUUUGUGCGGCAAAUUGACUUCGCUCUGGAUUGGAUGGAGGUGGAGGCAGGACGCGCCGUUUACAGGCAGGAGGAUCACUCGGACUGCACCUACAUUGUCCUGAACGGACGGCUCCGCUCGGUCAUCACGAUGGACGAUGGCAAGAAGCACCUGACAGGCGAAUAUGGCCGCGGCGACCUGAUUGGUGUGGUUGAAGCACUAACUCACCAGCCCAGAGCGACGACAGUCCACGCGGUUCGGGAUUCUGAGCUGGCCAAGCUUCCGGAGGGAGCCCUGAUAUCCAUCAAACGCAAGUUCCCACAGGUUGUGACACGGCUUAUCCAUCUGCUGGGCGAGAAGAUCCUUGGCAACCUCCAGCAAGGGGGGCACCAGCUUGGCCUGCACACCACCAGCAGCAAAUGGGACGCCAGCAAUCCAGCUAGUAACCUCGCCACAGUCGCCAUCAUGCCCGUCUCAGAAGAUGUUCCACUGUCCACCUUCACCCUGGAGCUCAAGCACGCCCUCUGUGCCAUUGGUCCAACCCUGCUGCUCACCAGCGACAACAUCAAGCAGCAGCUUGGCUCCGCAGCUCUUGACAGCAUCCAUGAGUAUCGGUUGUCCAGUUGGCUGGGUCAGCAGGAAGACAUGCACCACAUUGUGCUGUACCAGUCCGACAGCACCCUCACCCCCUGGACCCAGCGCUGCAUCCGGCAGGCUGACUGCAUCUUGAUCGUGGGCCUGGGGGAGCAGGAGCCCACCGUCGGAGAGUUGGAACGGAUGCUGGAGAACACAGCUGUCCGAGCUCAGAAGCAGCUGAUCUUGCUGCACCGAGAGGAUGGCCCCCUCCCUUCCCGGACUGUGGAGUGGCUCAACAUGCGCAGCUGGUGCUCUGCCCACCUCCACCUCCGCUGCCCCCGUCGAGUCUUCUCCCGGCGGAGCCUGCCCAAACUGAAAGAACUGUAUGAACGCGUCUUCCAGAAGCCUGCCGACCGACACUCCGACUUCUCUCGGCUAGCCCGCGUCUUGACGGGGAACGCGGUCGCCUUGGUUCUUGGAGGAGGUGGAGCACGGGGAUGCUCCCAAGUGGGGGUCAUCAGGGCGUUGAACGAGGCUGGAAUCCCUGUGGACAUGAUUGGUGGAACAUCCAUUGGGUCCUUCAUGGGUGCCCUGUACGCAGAGGAGCGCAGCUACACCCAGAUGAGGAUCAAAGCCCGCCAGUGGGCCAUGAAUAUGAACUCGGUGUUCAAAACAGUUCUAGAUUUGACCUACCCCAUCACCUCCAUGUUCUCCGGAGCCUCCUUCAAUAACGGUGUCAGCGACAUCUUCAAAGACAAGCAGAUUGAGGAUCUCUGGAUUCCUUUCUUCAUCAUCACAACGGACAUCACCGCCUCGGCUAUGAGGGUCCACACUGAUGGCUGUCUGUGGCGUUACAUCAGGGCCAGCAUGUCUCUGUCCGGUUAUUUGCCCCCUCUCUGCGAUCCCAAGGAUGGUCAUCUCCUAAUGGACGGCGGUUACAUCAAUAACCUCCCAGCGGACGUUGCAAGAUCAAUGGGAGCCAAGAUAGUCAUUGCCAUUGACGUGGGCAGCAGGGACGAGACGGACCUCACCAAUUACGGAGACGCGCUUUCCGGCUGGUGGCUGCUGUGGAAACGGUGGAAUCCAUUAGUAGAGAAAGUGAAGGUGCUGAACAUGGCCGAAAUCCAAACUCGGCUGGCCUACGUCUGUUGCGUCCGGCAGUUGGAGAUGGUCAAGAACAGUGACUAUUGCGAAUAUAUCCGGCCACCCAUUGAUCGCUAUGGCACGCUGGACUUCGGGAAGUUCGAUGAAAUCUGUGAAGUCGGCUAUCAGCACGGGAGGACGGUUUUUAGUGUUUGGUGCAGGAGCGGAGUCCUCGAUAAAAUGCUCAAGGACAGGCAGGAGCGUUGUCAGUCCAAACCGUCAUCCUACGUGACAUGCCCCACAACCUCCUUCACGGAUUUGGCGGAAAUUGUCUCUCGAAUUGAGCCGGUGAAGGCCGUCAUAGUGGAUGAUGAAUCCGACUAUCAGACAGAAUACGAGGAGGAGAUUCUUGAUAACCCGAACGACGAUUAUGUCAAUUUCCUGAGCGGCCAGACUGAAGAAAACUCCGAUUCCCAGGAUCCAGAAGUCCGGCUCAGGAAGCCCACCCGUGCGGACUCUGAAGACAGCCAACUAGCAGCAUAACAAGACAGAGUCUGAAACCCACUUUGGCCCACUUCCUCCCUCCAUCACCAGCGUCCUUAGGAGAGAAGCAGUGGGCACUUUCCCCCCAUUUCUCAGUCUAAAACCAAGUUCCCAAGAGGUCAAAGGGUGCUACUGAUGGGUCCACGGGCCCUCUGCCAUUGCUCUCAUGGACUCAAGCCUGCAGAAACCUUUCAUGGCAGCUUCAGCUGCAAAGAACUGGAGCUUCCUGCUUAUUCUGUGAACGAGAGGGAAGGGAAGAAGGAAAGGAACCCUUUGCAUGAAUGUGCAUUCAUGUCUGUGUUGAGAGAAUGAGGAGGGAAGUGGCGGGCUGGUCUUCUGGCGUUCUUCACCCCACCGAAUCCCACCUUAUUUGGCUUUGGUGCUGGCAUCUCCAACAGGAACAAAAGGUUCUGUUGGGAAUUUACAGCUAACGUGUAAGCAAGCGGGGACGGGCUUUACUCACAUCCCAACUUCUGAGAAGGAAGCCAUCUGCCAGGAACAGUGACUUCUGCAGGAACAUCCGUUCCAGGGCCUCUGCAGAACAAGCUUCCGAGCACCUGCAGGAGGCCGCUGAAGCCUUCCUGAAAACUUGGGGCAAAAAUCCUCAGCAUUUACAACGGCCUCCCUUCCAGCUAGGGCUUGAAUGGGCACCUGUGCCCGGUACCCACCCGCUGUUCCUGUGUUAUGCUACCAAUCUCUUUCUCGUCCUCAGGGGUUCUUGAAAAAGAAUAAUAAAAACCUGGAAACAAUA